GGAGGGCGGCGUGCGCGGCCUUUAAGAGAAGCGCAGGUCCGCCGCCGAUGUACCGAGGAGCCGCGGCGUGAGUAAGCGCAGCAAAGCCCGAACCCGCCUGUCUCGCAUCACCAAGAUAACGAGCUCGGCAGGAAGUAUGGGGGGCUGAUACAGUCUGCAUUCAGGGAGACGCCUAUACCUAUCAACAUGGUGUCGUGGAUCAUCUCAAGGAUAGUGGUGCUUGCUUUUGGGACACUUUACCCUGCCUACUCCUCAUACAAGGCAGUGAAGACGAAGAAUGUGAAGGAAUACGUGAAAUGGAUGAUGUACUGGAUAGUCUUUGCGUUCUUCACCACAGCAGAGACACUCACAGACAUCGUCCUCUCCUGGUUCCCAUUUUACUUUGAGCUGAAGAUCGCCUUUGUCAUCUGGCUGCUGUCCCCAUACACCAAGGGCUCUAGCGUGCUCUACCGCAAGUUUGUACACCCCACGCUGUCCAGCAGAGAGAAGGAGAUAGAUGAAUACAUCUCUCAGGCCCGGGAUCGCAGCUACGAGACCAUGAUGCGUUUCGGAAAGCGCGGCCUCAACCUGGCGGCCAACGCCGCCGUGACGGCUGCCACCAAGGGACAGGGCGUGCUGUCGGAGAAGCUGCGGAGCCUCAGCAUGCAGGACCUGACGCUGAUCCGCGACGAGGAAGAGCUGCGUCUGCAUGGCUGCGAGCCCCGCAUGCGAUCGCACGACGACGCGGGCGUGGUGCCCCGCAAGACUGUCCCGCGCCAAGCCCGCACCACGGCCGCCUCUGACGAAUCGCAUCACGGCAGCGAGCAGUUGGACACGCGGCCGGAGCAGUCGGAUGAGGACGCCGCGGAGAAAGCCCCCAGGCGAGCUGCCAGCGUCAAGGCAGCCAAGAAACCAGCCGCCGCCAAGACAGAGACCCAAACAAAGACUCUGAAGAAACAGCCAAAGAAGAAGACCACUCCUGCCACUGGGGGCAGUGCAGAGACACCCUGAGCUGGGCUCCUGUACACACACACAGCCCUCGGCAGCUUUGCUUGUCCUCAUUUUUUUCUCCUCCUCGCCUGACACACACACACACACAGACACACACACACUCACACAAACUCAUGUGAACACUCAUUCUCAUACAUAGCCAAGAAUUUUGGAAGUCUUCGUAGCCAGUUGUGUUGAUUUAAUUGUAUGGCCAACCCUGUUACACUCCUAGCAGGGCUUGUUGUUUUGGGGGGGGAGGUGGGUUGCCUUCUGCUGCCCCCUUAAGGCCAGAUCAGGCAUGGCACCUGCUUACAUUUUUUUUCUUUUUAAUAGCUCUCAAUUUGCGUGGACUGUUCACAAAAAUAUGUCCUGUGCAGCAUUUUGCACUGAGUCUUUCUUUAUUAACCAGGGCAUCUUAAACAUUAGGGAAGUGGGACAGAUGCCAUGGGGGGGGGGGGGGCAUGUGACAUUAAGGCAAGGUGUAGCAAACUAUGGUCAGUUGCUUUCUGGUUGCCUGAUCAGCAGUAGUUCAGAUGAGAUGCAUUUUAAAUGUCAAAUACGAAACUUCUACAUGCGGCUCCCUGUCUGUCUAUAGCUAAUCGUAUGGAAGGGGUGUCCGUGAGGAAGAUGGCGGGGAUCUGUUUGCUGAUCGAUGACGGGGGGGGGCAAACUGCUGCUCCCUGGGGCUACUUCUGUUCUCUACCUGCGCGACGUGGCUCAAAAGGGCCCGUUUGCAGAGGUCUAUGUUAACUGAGCUGAGCGGCAGGGUUCAGGCGGUGGGUUUACCAUUGGAGAAUAUGGUGGGGAGUUGGUGUGUUUACAGCCUUCACAGUGCAUCACUGUAAUCAGUGCAUGCUCCUUAACUUACUGUGAAGGCGCUGGACGUCCCUCGUGUGUGAGAGAUGGGUGUGGCUUGGGGUGCGCAGUGCUGGUAUAAUACAACUACACUCAUGAAACGGGAGAGUUCAGCCAUACUGCUCUCUAAUUGUCUUAGUCUCCUAAAUGUGCAAAAUCAGCUCCCUCUGACUAUGCAGAGUGGGGCACUGGUAAGCCGUUUACUAUAUAUUAGUGUGAGGUUCGAUUUAUAAGCUUUCUGUAAGCAAUCAGAUUAUCAGAGCCAGUCAGUUAAAUAAUGGAAGCUGUACGUAAGCUAAAGAUCUGCGUAAUAGUUACUCCGCUCAUCGCACAACCUGUGACUUCUGAUAUCGGGGGUUUUUUUUUGGUAGAGGAGGGAGGCAUGUUAUGGUGGUCUUUGCUGGGGAAUGGAGACUGAAAGCAUGAUGUGUUGCGUUAUGUUGUGGCUGUCCCGCCUGCAAUUCGUUGCAAGAGCAGCAGGUGGCGCCACAAACAUUACUAAACCAAGUUUCUAAGUUAACUAUAAAAUAAGUGUAAAUAGUAAGAUACUGACUGUAUAAAUUUAGCUUGCUUGCCUUAUUCUUUUAACAGUGUUGUGUUUUUCUUUGUGUUUGAUGGAUCACUUUUGAUUUUGUCAAAGUAGAGCUUCUGAUUCAUAACAAGCUCUGACAUUGAAAGUGUAUAGAUUUGUGUGUUUUUAAUCUUUAUCUUGGGGUAUGACCUAUGCUGCCCCUGCAGAUCUGGGCCCUCUGCAAAGUAUCCUCUCACUGCAAUUCUAAGAGCCUCUCCUGUGUGUCUGAGCCAGUCUCGUCCACUUAGGCUUAGCCGGUAAAUGUCCAUUUGGAGGUUGUUUUAAGCUCAUUAAAUUAUACCUUGAAGCAGUGUUUUAAAUCUGAAUGCACAGGCAGUCGGAGGAUCACGCUCACAGGACCCCGCAGCUCCAGGCUUGGGUAGUGAGGGCCCAUAUGGCACCACUCUGCCAUCCUUUGCUUGGGUUUUAAUUCACUACAUCUGGGAGGUAGGAAUACGUUUCAUUUACCUGAUCACACAUGUCACUGGAACUUCAAUAUCCUAAUGUUUAUAUUUAAUUUGAAAUUUAGCACUGUUGUGUGAAGAAUUUUAAGUAUUCCAUUUUGAAUAUUAUUUGUGUCGAUUAUUGACACUCGUAUCAUAAAUAGUUUUGAUUUGUGCUGGAAAACCUGCUUUCCAGAUAUACUGGUCAUUUAAUUUUAUGGUCAUGUAUGUGCUAACAAUAAACAACCAAUAACCAUU